AUGUACGGUACACCAUCCAGAGAUAUACCCCACAGAUUUAGUAAAUCAGAAGACGAAACCGAGUUGGAUUACAGAACGAUCACAUUAAGUGAUUUUACACAGCUAUUAGAAGGAAUAGAAGAAGUAAGUAUUAGUGCUCAAACGCUUGUCGAAGGAGUUAAAAUUUCAUUCGAAAAAACUCCUUUAAAUAUGCUUAGUAAUGUAAUUAAUAAGCAUAUUGAUGUAAUAGAAGAGUUAAGUAAGAAGAUAAAGACCUUUAAAAAGAAGAACCAAUUAAUAUUGGAAGAAUUAAAAGAAGAAGAAGAGAAUAAGAAAGAAAUUAAGAUUAAAGAAGAGACAAAACCUCAGAGGAGGAAGACUGAAUUAUUAUAA